CAUUUCGUUUUCAACCUGAUUUCUCAUUUCCCUCUCUUAUCCUCAAUGGAAAAAAAAAUCUGAGAAAACGCAAAAAAAAAAGAACGGAGCUAAAUCCUCAGAAUCGCCGCCGGAGAAUCUUUUACGUCUCCACAUAAUCGGAAUUCUGGAAUUGAUAAUUCCGAUGGAAGGGGUUAUCACAUGUUUCCAUACUAAAUGCGUCUCUCUUCCAAUUCGUUCUUUACCACUUUCUAGGGUUUCUUCACUUCCUCGGUGGAGGAACAGUAAUUUCGUCUCUUCAUCGCGAUCGAUUCUUCAGAAAAGCUUGUGCGUUUCGGCUUCGAGCUCAGAUACUUUAGUCGCUGGUGGUUCACCAAAGGAAGAUGAGAGACAGAGCAAAGUAUCGAGCAAGAAGGGAGGAGAUGAUGAUACCACUGAUUUGAAGGUUUGGAUGGGUAAGAACGGUUUGCCACCUUGCAAAGUUGUGCUCAACGAGAGACCAGCUCAUGAUCAGAAGCAUAAACCCAUACAUUAUGUUGCUGCUAGUGAAGAUCUUCAGAAGGGUGAUGUGGCGUUUUCAGUUCCCGAUUCUUUGGUGGUCACACUCGAAAGAGUUUUGGGAAACGAGACCAUUGCCGAACUGUUGACGACAAACAAAUUGUCAGAACUAGCUUGCCUAGCUUUGUAUUUGAUGUAUGAAAAGAAGCAAGGGAAGAAAUCAGUUUGGUAUCCCUAUAUAAGGGAACUUGAUCGCCAAAGAGGAAGAGGUCAGUUAGAUGCGGAAUCUCCUUUGCUGUGGUCAGAGGCUGAGUUAGAUUACCUAACUGGUAGUCCGACCAAGGCCGAAGUUCUUGAGAGAGCUGAGGGGAUCAAAAGAGAAUACAAUGAGCUUGACACAGUUUGGUUUAUGGCUGGAUCUUUGUUUCAGCAAUACCCAUUUGACAUACCAACUGAAGCUUUUUCAUUUGAGAUUUUCAAACAGGCAUUUGUUGCCAUUCAGUCCUGUGUGGUGCAUUUACAAAAUGUUGGUUUGGCUCGUCGGUUUGCUUUGGUUCCUCUUGGACCUCCCUUGUUGGCCUAUUGUUCCAACUGCAAGGCAAUGCUGACUGCUGUUGAUGGUGCUGUUGAACUCGUGGUAGAUAGGCCAUAUAAGGCUGGGGAUCCUAUAGUUGUCUGGUGUGGGCCACAACCUAAUGCGAAAUUGCUUCUGAACUAUGGAUUCGUUGAUGAAGAUAACCCUUAUGAUAGAAUAAUAGUUGAGGCAGCGUUGAAUACCGAGGAUCCUCAAUAUCAGGACAAGAGAAUGGUUGCUCAAAGGAAUGGAAAGUUAUCCCAACAAAUAUUUCAGGUUCGUGUGGGAAAAGAAAGAGAAGCUGUCCAAGACAUGCUUCCUUACCUACGUUUGGGUUACAUGUCUGAUCCUUCUGAAAUGCAAUCAGUAAUUUCGUCCCAAGGUCCAGUUUGUCCGGUAAGUAGAGGAUGAGUGACCUCGCAAACC